AUGCCAUCAGAGGCAUCUUGUUCGGCCUUUGAACCACAAACUUAUCUUCAAGAACGUUGCAAAAAAUGCUUCCGUUUACGUUCAAAGCACGAUACUGAGAACAACCUAGAAAAACCUAUUUCUGCUACUACAAAUAAUUCCAACGAUAGCAGCGUCGAUCAGUCUACUGCUACAAAUUCUCCAAAUCGAGAACGAAAUCGAGAAAAACGACGAUCUUGGAGAGAUAAAACGUCUUCAAUCACGCAAGAUAACGGUGCACCUGAACAUGUAAGUGAAGUAGUUGACGAUGACGUGACCUCGCUGACCUCAUAUAAAUCUGCAAACUCAAAAGGUGUAAUGAGUGCUAAAUCUGCUGAAAGUGUCUCAGACACGAAAAGUAUGAUUACAGCUAUUUCUGACAGUUUAGUAGACGACGAACGUUCCAUUACACCAGUCUUAGACGAAUCGAAUUUUGAUUUGGCAAUGAUGAAGUCGGAAAUGGCUAGACUGACUGAGGAAGUAACAAAAUUAAAGGAAGAACGACAAAAAUGGACAUCUCGAAGAGAGAAAUGUGGCAAUGAAGAAGACCAGUCUUUUAUCGAAAUAUUAGAAGAACGUUUAGCUGAAGCAGAAAGUUGUAUACAGGACUAUCGAGAUGAAAAUACUGUUUUAAAAUGUGAACUAAGAGAGUUACAAGAAUGUGGUGAAUCAGCGGGCAAUAGCAAUGAUGCUAACGUUAAAUUAACUGAAAAACUAAAAGCUUCUGAAUCGCUUUGUGAUGAAUUGAUAGAAGAAAAUGAAUCACUCAAAACUGAUAUUAAAGAUUUACAACAAGAAAUUGAAGAAAUGCAAGAUCAGUAUCGUGAGGAAGAAAUUGAAGAAUUCCGUGAACUGCAACGUGAAUUAGAGCAAAAUGCCAAAAAUUGUCGUAUAUUGCAAUUUAAACUUCGCAAAUCUGAACGAUCACGUGAGCAAUUAGAUGCUGAGAAACAGCAUUUGGAAGCUAAAGUUAGGGAUCUGUUAGAAGCUUCGUCUGCAACAGGCGGGCUUCUUACAACGAACAGGCAGAUGGAUUCCAUGAGAAUCAGAGAAUUGGAAUCUGAACUGAGAAUUGCUAAAGAAGUCUCAGUACGACUUCACAAUGAGUUAGAAAAUGCGGAAGAACGCCGAUAUAAAUUAGAAGAUGAAAUAUUUUAUAUGAAAGACAAAGUUCGAGAGCUUCAAACACAGAACAAAUGGCGUGAAGCAAGAAAUCGUGCAGAAUUACAAGCGAAAAGAAUAAGUUCUGAUUUGACGAUUAAUUCAAAUAGUUCUGAAACAAGCAAAGAAAUGCAAGAUGUGCUCGAACGAGAAGCUGAUUUAAAGGAUCAGCUGAAAUUUGCUGAAGAAGAUUUACGACGAACACAGAUUAGAUUACAAGAUGUUGAAAAUGAGAAUGAAGAAUUGCUGAAAAAGUUGACAAGAUUUAAGACUGUAAAAAAGCCACCAGUCACGAGAUCCUUCAGUGAAGGAAAUUCUCAGAUACAACUUGAAUUGGCUGAACAUGAAAUGGAACAAUUAUCAACGAAAAUGGAACAUUUGGAAAAAAAAAACAUCCAUCUUUCAAAGAAAAUAUUAGAAAUGGAAAUGGAUUCUCAGAAAAAUUUUGAAAAUGGUGGAACGACUACUGGGCGCGCGUCACAGUUUGAAAUGACGUCCGAAAUGCAACGUGACAUUGGCAAACUGAUGACUACAAUUAGUGAUCUGGAGCGUAAAAAUUUAGAUUUAACGAUGCAGCUAAAACGACAAAACGAACUUAGCAUGUCGACGACGUCCGAAAAAUCUCAAGCGGAAUUACGAAUUGAGCAAGAACACAAAAAAAUUAUCGAAAAUGAAUUGAUGGAGCUCAAACGAAUGAUGCUUCAGUCUGAUAAUCAAAAGUUAAUCUCGAUGGCUACAAAGGUUGAGUUACUAAACAAUCAACUUUUGCUCGUAAAUGACCGAUGCGCUAAUCUCCAUCGUAAAAUAGUUAAAGAUGGCGGGAAUGAAACAGUUUAUUUGGAUGCGAUGAAGAACAAAUGUGAAGAAUUGGAAAGACAACUAAGCGAGGAAAAAGCUAAAAACGCCACAAGUGCCAUGCAAAUUAAUAGUGCCACCACGGACGAGAUUGAGCAAUGUUGUGAAGUGCUUGCAUCCGUUGAAACGCAAACCAAUCGCAUUUGCAAACAAAUUGAAAAAAUUGACAAUGCACAAAAAGAUGAACGACGACGUUCACUAUCAAAAGAUGGCAGUGCGACAAUCAUCGCAGAGCUUGCGAGUGUAAUGAGCGAACUUAAUAACGUUCAUCAUCUGCUUGAAGCUCAUAAGGUUAUUAUUGCUAACGUCGCUCGUCGUUCACCAGUAAAAAAUAUAUCAAACGUUGAUUUAGAAUCGAAACCUUGCGAUCAGUGUCUAGAAAAUUUGACUCUGAUUGAAUCACAAAAAGACGAAAUUGUUUUCUACAAGAAGAAAAAUAAGGAGCUUACAAACCAAGUACUGCAAACAGAAGACCGAUGGACCGUUGAGAUCGAAAAACAACGACAAACCUAUGAAAAUGAAGCAAGACUUUUACGUACAAAGUUGAGUGACACGCAAAAAAACGUUUGCGAGCAAGAACAUUUGCUAGAAUCAAGGGCUGUAGCUUUGGCUGAGAAAGUUCGCAUGAUUCAAGAACGAGAUGAAAAAUGUGAUCAACUUAAAGUAGAAGUGAUCAAUUUGAAAAAAGAUAUCCAGGAAAUUGAAGCCGAUCGGAAGUCAGCAAAGGAAUUUGAAAUAAAAUAUAAAAAGUUAGAAUCCAUGUUCGAUGCAGAAAAAGAGAAGUUAUCUCAGGAAAGAGCCAAAUACAAGUCUGAAAUUGCUCUGCUAAAGAAGAAAUCAGAAGCAACGCUGAUUGACCUCGAAAAGCUACGUAGCAGUUAUGUAAAGAAGGAAAAAAGUUGGCGUGAAAAACGAGAUAGACUUGAAGAUGAAGUAGCAAAUUUACGGAAGCAGCUUGACCAUGAUGUUAUUAUUAGAACAACGGAAGGCAUCUAUAAUAUAUUACUUUGUUACUUAUUUUCCAAAAUUACUUUUACCAAGAUUAAGGCACAGUUUUUGCACUGA